AUUUAAAAUAAGAUACUUGCUUACGGAAUAAUUUUAGGUAACAUGAGGCACGGCUCAACCUAGCGAAUUCCGCUUUUAGCUGGUAAGAGGGGGUGGCAACAGGUUCUCCUUUAAUCUGGCAACAGGUGGACUAUAAAUAUAGAUCUAGAUUGCCUCGCUACUUGUUUUGUUUUCAUCCAACAAUAUGAGACUUUCAACUUCCUUAAUAACUGCCUUGGGCUUUUCAGCCAUGGCACAAGCCAUUACAGACCAACAACAACUCUUUAAAAUAGAUUUAAUGCCGCCUGCUGAUUCGAACCCAAAUGCUGUUGGAAGACCCCAAAUUUCGGAAGCCGAUAGUCAACCAUUUACUACCAUUAGGGCGAAGACGACUACCAGUACUGGUGACUCGUUUCUGCACACGUUCUCUUCAUUUUAUUCUUCCCUUCCAAAUGUUGACCCUAGUUCUACUUCGAAGGGGGAAAAUGGUGGCCAACUCUUAAAACCAGUACCUGCAGUGGUGGCGUUGAUUUCGUUUGCAAAUGUGAUUUUGCUAUAGUUCUGGUAGAGUCAACAAAAAACGAUUUAUUCAUCAUUACAGAAUAUAAAUAUGACAUUAUAAAUAAACGUAUGAUCCUUACUUGAACAGUAUUCAUUCUUUGAAAGCUGAUAACACAGCGAAGUGGUUGUGAAAGCCAAGAAUUUCGAUUUAUUGUAGAGUCUCACGAAGAAACAAACUGCUAAUCAUAUAUUAGCCCAACAUUCCAUUAUAUGCACUGCUUUGAUACUAGCUUGAAGAGGAGACCGUCUGAGGGAGGGUAUACAGUCAAUCGCUCUCGUUACAAUCAUGCAUUACUAUAAAAACUAUUAAGUCAUCUUGAGGGAGGGAAAAACGGAAAAGUUUCCUAUGAGAGAUUCUAUUUUUAAGAAGCUUAGUUUUUUUUAAAUCUAGCUCAA